GAUAUGAGAGCCAAUUAUUCGACAGAAUGGAACCGUUCUACAAUUAUGCUCCGCCUUCGACUAUAAAGGAUUACGUGUCAUCACACACCAUGUGAAACAGAAUGCAGAAGAUGGGGUACUCAAACAUAUGCACAGAUCUAACUACCUUCUGGAACCGGAACCAGGGGAAUUGUGAGCCGUGUGACAAAAAAGCUGGAUCUGAAGUUGAAAAUAAUUGUGGACGCGGCGAUGACGGUGGGAUCCACACGGACACUCACAAGAAAUGCAAACCCAACACUUUUAACGACGGCAGCCAGUAUUACUGUCGAGAAUGUUCUACGUGUCCUCCUGGCACUACUGUGGUGAAAAACUGCACUUCAGUAUCCGACAUUAUUUGUCAGGAAAUAAGAAAUGAGUCGACAACAACCCCCCUCCCUAAAUCUAUAACCACCCAUGCAGCAACAUCACUCAGCACUGCGGCAACGACUCAAACAUACAUAACAACCGUCUCACCGAGUUCGCAGCAAGCAGCCCUGUGGACUGUACCAAUAAUAAUAAUUAUUAUUAUCAUCCUUCUGGUUGCUGCUCUUUGUGCUUUGAUGAUGAAAAAAAGAAGAGGUGUGUGUAAAAAAGCUUUCUACAGGAGAAGGACGUCGUAUCAGAAUGAAGGAUUUUCCCCCAUCCAGCCAGAGAGAAACAGCGAAGUUCUGUGUGACAUGCUAAAUGCCGAUAUCCUGUCAGCCCCUUUGCACAAAGUUCUGGACGAUCUCGAUGUUUUGGAGGAGCUGGUGAUUCUGCUGGACCCAGACACGCAGGGCAUAAAGAGCACGAAGCAUCUGGCGUCUCACUGCUCCUUCCCUUCCACCUGGAUCACCUACACUUACUCCAUGAAGGACACUAAAAGCCCCCUGAAAGCCGUGUUGGAGGGGGUCACCAGCAAGCAGCCUGACUGGACGGUGGGCCACCUGGCCAAGCUGCUCAGACAAAUGAAUCGCAACGAUGCCAUCAGCGUUCUGGCAAAACUCAGGCCUAUUCCAAAAAACUUCAUAUGAGUGGCAUUUCCUUUUUUUCCUUUCUAAUCACCGAGUCGACGACGUUCUUUAAAACGGAACGGAGCAUGACCUCAAACACAUUAGUGUUCAACUCGAGUUACUUUGACAAGAACAGCUCCCACCCAUCUGCGUCAGAUAUGCUAACGCGCGGUUAAUGGGAUGUCGAAAAGUCCAGACUAAAUUCUAGAGAAGUCCAUCCGCGUUUCCGUGGGGUUAAAGUUGCUGCAAGUGGACAGGAAUUCAUCAUUCCUUGGCAAGCGAGCCCCCAAAAAAAGAGAACAACCUCAAAUGGUCUUUUUGUGCAGCAGCAGAAUCUCAUCAUAAUGUGUAUUUUUUAAAUCCAACUUUUUAUUUGAGCUCAUGGUCAGUGGGGGGACGGGAGGACAUAAAAAAAAAAAAAGUAUUUUACUUUUUAAGUUGUAGUAGUCGAUAACCCAGGAAGAGGGCGUCUCUGGCAUACAAAUGUGAUGCAGCACAGAGGCCCACUUCUCUCGCUUUCAACUCUUAAGGGGACGCACUGUUCAUGCAGGGAGGACGUGUUCUUUGUAAAUCAGGACAUGGGUACAGGGAAAUGUACUCACCUAAGUGUAACCACAGACAUGGUCAAAGCAGUCACUAAAACAACUGGAACUGUGCCAUACUAGGAACAGAGUUCAUCUUGAGACCACACAGACUCAGCAGGAUGAGAUGAUGAAGCGAAACGACUGUUCAGAGUUCCCCGCUAGAGAACUGCCACAUUUAGGAGCGCAUCUACGUUUCGUCCAGUUGUUUGUUGGGGGUAACGCUUCUGUCCUACCAUUUCAAAUGUAAAUGUGGAGUUUGUCGAACAUUGGUUAGACUAAUUGGGCCACUUCCUUUUUUUUUUCCCCAGCAGCUAACAUUUGGAAGCAAUAUGAAAAAUGAUCACCGUACUUGACACCCACUGUUAAGUACGGUGGAGGUUCUGUGAUGGUGUGGGCCCUUUUCUCUUCCAAAGGCCCUGGGAGCUUUGUUGGAGCCCCCAUCUUCAGUGUUCAUUGGGAGAGCAGUGCCAUUUUCAGUGAGAUUAUGUCUGUGCAAUAAAACGUGAUUUUAAGGCGUAUUAAUGAAGGUUUACAAUACCUCCCAAAAUGUUGAAGGAUUUCUGAAAUUGUUUUUUUUACCUUUGUAUUUUCAUACAUUUAUGCUUGACUUAUUUUUAUACUGAGAAUUUUUUCAUACCGAGAGGCACAUGUAAAGUGUUAUUUUAUAUGUAUAAAAAAAAAAUUUAAACAAUGUACCAUUUCCACUCCAUUACCUUUAUGUUUUUGCAGCAUCAUACUGACUUGUUACAAUAAACAAUUAAAAUAUGUUCAAACAUCUUAACAUCUUUAUUAAGCAAGUAACAUUAUAAAUAAAAAAAGUGCAUAGAAAAUUAAACAGGUUUAGAAAUGUAUAUACAAAUAUUUACAAACUCAGGGUUUAUUUGUACAUGGUAACAAAGACGUAAAUUUAAAGAGGACAUUUUUUUCAUUUGUCUUUUACACUUUAAAAUAACCCUAUUUUAUAUAUUUAUUAUAUAUAUGUAUAUUAUAUAUAUAUAUAUAUUUAUAUAGGUGUGUAUAUAUAACAUACAGCUUUCUUAACAGAUCCUGGGAGAGAUGGUCAUAACUUCUGCAUUUAACUAGUGCUUCUGCAGCCUUCAUUCCAUGCACACAGAAAAAACGAAAAGAAAAGAAAAACACAAUAUAUACACACGCACGCACAUACAAGAUUAUUAAAAUCGAGCUUUUUUUAGUUUUUAAAUCAAAGUCUCUUUUUGCAUCAGUAUUCCCAAACAUCUGUUUAAGCAGCUGAGGUAGAAAUCCUUGCAAAGGAGUUAGGACUGACUCUGCUCAUCUGGGGCUCCCACCCAGUAUCGCAUCCUGUCAUGCGAAUGAGAAAACAUGAUGGAAAUCUGCUCCUCUGAGACUCUAAAACAGGAAAGGUGGGGAAAGAAGAAUGGGUUUCCAACAGGCAAACAGUGCUCGCUUUUAACUCUGGCUGAUGCUAAGAUAGGCAGUAUUCUACAAUAAAAAAAUAAAUUGAAUAAAAMUGCUUCUUUUUAAAAAAGAAAGAAAGAAAAGCUGUUUCAGGAAGUCAUAAAAGGCCUAAAUGUAUGACACAACUGCCUGAAAUGAAAAUUCAAGUAAAUAAAUGAAACACAGGACAUAAUCUGUAAACAAACAAAAAAAAAAAAAA